AAUUAGAUUGGGAUUAAGACUUUGAAUCAAAAUGGGUACUGUAUCAGGCAUAAUCGGGAUGUCAUUUACUGCUGCCAUUGGCAUACUGUUGGUUGUGCUUGGCUGUGCACUAAAGGAGUUUCAAACAGAAAAGGGACCCUGGUGGGUGCUGUUUGUCUUAUUUUUCUAUAUUUUGGCACCCAUACCUGCUUUGAUAACAAGAAGACUUGGGAGUGAUUUCUCUUCAUUUUCUGGCAAUGCUAACUUGGUUGCUGAAAUAGCUUUAUUCUUUACUGCUGGAAUUGUUGUUUCAGCAUUUGGCCUUCCUGUAGUUCUGGCAAGAGCGCAAAUCAUAAAGUGGGGUGCAAUGGCACUUGUCAUGAUUGGAAAUUUGUUUAUAUUCUGCACGAUCCUUGCCUUCUUCCUUAUAUUCGAUGCUGCCGACGAUUCCUUCUGAUUUGGAACAUGAAAAACUCAGUCAACAAGAUUUGAACGUUAAUGUCGCAUGUAUUUAUUGAGUAGGAAAAACAAAAGAGCAGAAACUAGAAGAUAUAAGAUAAAGAUAUAAUUGUGUCUUUGAUGACACUAGACAAUUUUUAUCAUUGUGUGAUUUCGUAUGAUGCCCUCUCUAUGCUCUUGAAGACAGGGCUUCUGUCAGGACAAUUGUAAUUUCCUCAGAUUUUCCUCUGUAACCUAUCAAGUUGCUCGGCUAAAGAAGGAUUUCGCCCGAGCUGUGUUAAACCUUUCUUGUUGUGACUGUCCUCCUUAAUUAUUAGGUAAUUGUUUAAAUAAUCGAUUGAAGCAGUUAGAUGCUUUAUUAAGUUUCAACUAAAUGUUAAAUGUUUGAGAUGUCGUGGCAUUGUCUUCACAUA